AGUGAAUAAACUUAGCGGUGGUUCCGAAAACAGUUGUUUUAAUUUCAUGCUCCGUCCCUUGCUUUAAGGAAAUACAUUCUAACUGUGUUCUCAUUUGUCGCCGCACUUCACCCCUUGCUUUUUUUCUCCUCCAGAUACCCGCUACACAUCGUAUCGCCGGUCUUGGCGUAAAUUAAUCGAACACUGAACGUUACGGAAAUUUAAAUUGAUGCCUAAGUUUAUAUCUGAAGUAGAUGUGGAAGCUAGAAAAAAGAUACAGGAGGCUGAGGGUAUAGUUGAAGCCCCUUAUGAUGCCAGGUCUCUCUAUGAAAGGUUGCAAGCCGAGAAAGAUAGAAAACAGGAAGAGUAUGAAGCCACUAAUGCUCUAAAAAAUCGAAUCCAUCGUUUGGAUGAAGAUGAAGUUGAAUACCUCCAAACACUUGCUACCAAACAGUACAAAGCUGAUUUGGAGAAAGAAAAGGAAGUAGCUGAGUUGGUUAGAGAGGCAACUGUUCAGGCAAACAGAUCGGGUCAUAUUCCCACCACAAGCGUUACAAUUGAUCCUAGUUCAAAAGCAUUUUAUAAUAAAGGAGGAUCAAGCCAACGUGCUCUUCUUGCUAAUGCUGUUAAACGCAAUUCUGGCAGCUUGGAUAUGUCAGGUCCACAAUCAAAGCGGUCAAAUAUAAGAACAACCUCUUCUAGUGAAAUGUGUCCUGGGCAACAUGAAAAUACGGUAAAGACAAAAACAGAUGAUCCGAUUGUUUCUAAAUUACUGAAUGGUUCUGUCAUGCAACCUGUCGCUGUGCUGCCUGGAUUAAGUGAAUAUUCAACCUCAGAUUCUGACCAGUCAACAGAUUCGGAUGAUGACGAAUCAACUGAUGUUGAGGAUGCUGUUUGUACAUUACAGCAAAUAGCCUGUACACGAAUACGAUAUGCUAAAACUGAUGGUACCGUGGAUAAUGACUAAAAUGUGCCCAAGCCAUGCUUUCCGAUGUACAGUAUAACUCAAAAUGUGUGAUUAAAUUGUAUAUUUAUCUCUUUAAAUUUCCUUCAUUGCUUCAGUCGUAAUAACCCCUUAUCUUUGUCGUCUUCUACUAUUUGUCUGUCUGGUGAUCAAUAUUGAUAAUCUGUUUAAAUAUGUUAACGUUAAAGUGACGUAACUAAGUACAGAUCCCUAGACUCAAGAGAUAUUUUUAAUUUAA